AAGGUCUAAAACACUGCCAUGACCUCCCUCGCCCUCCACGAAAUCCUUCCUCUUCACCAUCCUCCGCCCACAGCCCAACCACAAUCCCGCUACCUCGCCCACACCCUCCUCACGAAGUCUCUCUUCUUCAUCCUCCACCUCCGUACUUCCAAACCCCUCGCAACCCUCUCCCUCAUCUACGCCCUCUCCAUCACCGGUCCCUCAGCCCCGCAAUUCGACAUCCUCACCUUGCAUGAGACAUCUCGCGGGUGUUUUAUCUUGGGAAUACUAUUCCUCUGGACUCUCUGCUUCUUCCAAUAUCUGCACAUAAGACGUUGGGUUUCGCAUGAUGCAGAUAGUAGUCGUAGAUAUAGGGAAUUACGGGAUAUACAAUUCCUAACCUGCAUCCUCCUCAUCGCCAUCCUCGCAUUUCCCCUCCUCCGUCUCAGCACGUCCCUAUCCAAACCCCAAAUCGCAGAAUUAACUCCAAAAGCCCUAUCCAUGAUCCCCGUCGCGUUGACACUCCUCAUCGUCAUUUCGGAGAAAUUCAUGAUUUGUAUUGUGAGUGGUGUAGUCUAUGGAGUACCGAUUUUGAGACGCGCGAUGCAGGGUGUGAGAGGGGGAGUGUUGGGGGUGUGGGCGGAGGUCACGAGACGCUUGGGAUAUGUACCGUAA